ACUGGCAUCUCUAGCCUAAGACCGUCGCUGUCAGCUGUGUAAGCAAAAGCCCUAAUUAAAGAUAAGCAAAAAAACAUGGCACGUUGGAGCUAUGCUGAAAAUGAUUACUGUUCUACUGGACAUCCCUGAGCGUAGCCUUCGAGACAUUUUGUUAUGUCUGAUGGGCUGAAUCUUACACGCUGGAAGACGAGUUUUAGCUCAGCCGAAUAAUUAAACGUUGUUGUGAAUACCGAAAAUACUGGAAAUGCGUCCACGUAAAACUAUUUUUAUAGCUGCGAUUCUGGUAGGAUGGAUUUUCACCACGUAUCUAAUUUUCCUUCGGAACUUCAAGGAUACCACACCACAAAAAAGGUCGGAAGUUUUGCAAAAAGUUCGUCUACUAGAGCAGAACAUACAAAUAGAGGAGGAUAACAGAGAAAAGCUCUAUCGUGAAAUUAUUAGAAUCCUGCAGAAAGAAGAAAAAGUUACUAGUUCCGAACCGUUGCCUACACUAGCGAAUGAAAUUGAAAUAAACAAUACACCAGCUGAGGUUGCAGAAUCUCCAGUAAGACCAGAGGCAGAAGUCAUACUCAGCAAAUUUAAUUUGAAAUACAUAAAUGAUGACUUGAACAGUCCGAUAAUACCAGUGUUAGUAUUCGCCUGCAAUAGGCUUUCGGUUAACAAAUGUUUAGACGAUUUGAUUAAAUAUCGUCCCAGAGCUGAUCAAUUUCCGAUUAUUGUUUCUCAGGAUUGCGAACACGAACCGACACGCAAUUUAAUAUUGUCGUAUAAAGAGAACGUCACACUAAUUAGACAACCUGAUCAGUCAGAUAUUACUGUACUGCCGAAAGAAAAGAAAUACAAAGGAUACUACAAAAUUUCCCGACACUAUGAAUGGGCACUAAAAACAGUUUUCAAACAAGGGUUUGAAUCUGUUAUUAUCGUAGAAGACGACUUGAGCAUUGCUCCGGACUUUUACGAAUACUUCUUAGGAACAUAUCCCGUCUUAAAAAAAGAUCGCUCCUUGUGGUGUAUCUCAGCUUGGAAUGACAAUGGCAAGGAUGGGUUAAUUGACAAUACUGCCAGUGAGCUACUUUACCGGUCUGAUUUCUUCCCAGGCCUCGGAUGGAUGAUGACUAAGGAUUUGUGGGAAGAAUUGGCACCAAAAUGGCCUAAAGCAUUUUGGGAUGACUGGAUUCGGCAGCCUGAACAGCGUAAAGAAAGAGCUUGUAUCCGACCGGAACUGCCACGAACGCGAACGUUCGGAAAAAUUGGAGUGUCAAAUGGUCUCUUUUUUGAUAAACACCUAAAAUAUAUUAAACUAAGCGAAGAAUUUACCACUUUCACCAAAAUGAAUUUAACGUAUUUGCAAAAGACCAUUUACGAUAAUAUGUUCCUGAACACAGUUUACCAGAGCCCAAUUGUGACUCUAGACGAACUCAAACGAGGUCAGGUGGCAACAAAAGAGCCAAUCAGAAUUACAUACCUUACCAAAGAACAGUACAAACGAGCUACCAAAAGCUUGGGUUUAAUGGACGACUUCAAGAGUGGAGUUCCUCGUACAGCAUACCAUGGUAUUGUUUCAUUCUUCUAUAAUGGACAGAGAGUUUAUCUGGCGCCAAACACUAACUGGAAGGGCUAUGAUCUCACUUGGAGUUAACAGCAACGGGCACAUUUUCAACGACGAGAAAGUUUUAGCGUAUUUUUAAGCAAUUUACUGGGGUUGCAAAACUGAAACUGGUACAUUUUUCUGAAAGGAAAACUAUUUCUGGGGCGUCUUAAUGGACUGAAAUUCUAUUGUUUCCCGCGAAGCAAUAUGCUCAAUCUAACGCAAGAUACAAGACGCUCUAUGAUAGAAUGAGACUGUACUGUUUUUAUUCCUCAUCGACACCUAUCAAAUGCUUCAUAGCAUUUCAUUCCUUUCUGUCGGUCAUUAGUUUUCAUAGCUGCUUUCAAAAUCUUACCUAAAACACUUUCGUUUUCACAACUUUGUAUGCAUAGUAAGGUUGUUUUAAUAAUAAGGUAUAAAAAUAUUGUUUUAAAAAUGUCUCGGCAAUUAAAAUUUAUUUUUUUAACUAGGUAAAAAGAUGAUAAAUCUUUAAAAUAAUUGUAAUUAUGUUUGAAACUAGUCAGUUCAAAACCGGCAUUAUUGUCUUCAUUGGCAGCAUUUUUCUAUUAACUUUUUUCAUGUAUAAAAAAAAUGUACUAAACAUAUAAACGAGUUUAUUUUGAUUCCUUUCAUUGCAAAGAAACCAUGAGUUAAAAAACAAUCUAAUAUUUAGUUUUCUUGAACAUAUGUAUAAUAUUUGUACAUUCGUAAUAAUACGAGUAUUCAACACUAAACAUGAAGUAAUAAAAAUGUAAACUUAAUUAUAAAUUAUCUCACGCAUUGCAGGCUUUUCUUUGACAUGCAUCAUAACUAGAGUAGUGAAAGUGCGCAAGCAUUAUGUAGAACAUCAGUAUGAUGAAGAUUAUGCAGUGUCAGAAAUUGUUAAAAAACGUAACAAUAAUUGUUGCGCGAAAAAUCAUUGCACCUUGAAAACAUUUUAAAUGGGCUAAUAAAUGAUUCACAAAGCUAGGAUUGUCAACCAAGUAAAGGUAGCUUAACACUAAAUUGAAAUUAUUUCAGCCAUCAGCGAAUUCGUAUGAAACCAGAACUGACUCUACAUUAAUGCUAGUGUACAGCCGAUACAAUAGAGUACGUUUAUCAGUGAAAUCAAAAUAUGAGCAUAUUUAGGAUACUUUAGGAUUUAUCCAAGAUACUUGGCUAACCAGUUUGUUACACUGGCGAAGUUACACAAUGCUGAAAUGCAUUCGUAUGAGGCAAGAAUAAUUAAAUUAAUUCAAAUUCGCCCGAUUAUUUUAAAAAGAUUUCUGAAAGAUGAUUUUGCCUGUUUAAACAAAACACAAAACAAUAAUAUAAUAUUGUAUUAUGU